AUGGGAUCUGCUAUGGCUAAAGAACCUCAUUUUUACGAUUAUUCAUCACCAAGGAAUCGACGAAAAAGAAAUAGCGAUCCAAGCUCAAAUCACUUUUCCAAGGAAUACGCUCAAUAUUGGCAAUCGGAAGGAGGAAAAGGACGAGUGGCAACAAAUGGAUGCAAUGGAGGUGCAGGUGCGGGGAAUAACGGGGAUAAAGGACGCAAUUGGACUAUCGACAAAUCACAGUACCCCUUUUAUGAUCAAUCAAAUCGCUAUUUAACCCAACGAAACUCGAACCCGUCUCAAUCUUCUCAAUAUGGAGCAUCGUUUUCGCCAAAAGAGAAAUUCUCAAACAAUUUCUCCGUCACUCCGAGUAGUUGUGGGCAAAUGCAGAAACAAAAA